AAACCAACCCUAGAUCUAAAAACACAAUUGCCGCCUCUCACUCUCAGUCAAUCUCUCCCUCGCACGCUCUCACACUCUCAUGAACCUCAAUCCCUCAAUCCACCCUCAAUCCCUUUCACCCUCUCCAGUUCACACACACUCCCAUCCUCCUGCGAUUCCGGCAAAGCAAGUUUGGAUAGAAGCUUGAGGACUGAACCCCAACUCCAAAAUCAAGACCAGAGAAGCUUCGACUUUCAGGGUUGAUUUUAAAUAGGACCUACAGAAGAGACAUUUCAAAUCAUGAGAUCACAAUUUGGAUGGUCCUCACAUGUUGUCCUCAGAGCCUUCAAACUUAGGGGCAGGGCAUGUUGCUGGUGUACAGACGAUUAUGAGUGCUAGGGUUUCUAUAAUCAAGCUUGUAGACUGUGGAACCGGAAUUGAGUGUGAUUUAUCAAUUGAGAACAGGGAUGGCAUUGUAAAAUCCUAGAUUGUCUACAUAAUAUCUAGAAUUGACGGAAGGUUUCAGAAACUGAGUUUUAUGCUGAAAUUCCGUAUCUAACAUUUCGACAUGAACCUCCUGAAGGGCAAUAUCUCAUACUCAAUUUAGUGGGCAUUUGACCAGCCUCUCAGCUACCUGCGAAUCUAUCUCGCCGAUCUAUGGGAUACUGGUAUUGGGAUGACGAAGGAGGAACUCAUUGACUGCCUUGGUACCAUUGCUCAGAGUGGUACUUCAAAAUUCUUGACGGCUCUGAAGGAUCUUGGUGCAGACAACGGUUUGAUCGGUCAAUUUGGUGUUGGGUUCUAUUCUGCUUUUCUUGUUGCUGACAAGCAGGUGCAGUUUUGGUUUCACACUUUUUUUAGUCUUAUGCCUUGUAAAAACUAUCUGCUCAUGGUUGAGCUUCUAGUCUGGAUGACUGUCUUGAGCAGUAGCUCUUAUGUGAUUAGGGUAGAAACUGAUCCAGAAAAUAUCAUUAGCCGUGGGACGCAGAUCAAACUAUAUUUAAGGCCUGAUGACAAGUAUGAGUUCUCAGAGCCUGCCCGGAUCCAGAGUUUGGGGUUGAUGUUAAACAAGGAAGGGUAUGCUUUUAUAGGAGGUGGUUCACCCUUGCGUAAGAUGACAGAUGAGCAGGCAAAUGCACUGAAAAUGGCUUUGGAAUCAAAGGACAUGCCGGUGAAUGUCUAUGUGGGAAUGCGGUACUGGUUCCCAUUCACUGAGGAAGCAGUUCAUCAAUUCGCAUUUUGCAGCUUCGGGACUCAACAAAUACAUGUAACCCUUUAUAUGACUGCAAUUGCUUCCCAGUCCACUUUGGUGCAAAAACCUAUUGUCAAGGUCUUACCAGAAAAUGGCCUGGAGGUUAGGCUAUCAGGGUCAGGAGUAACAGGGAGCCCUCCUACAACUGUCACCCACAAUGUUGAAUAUUGAUUGGAGAUGUAGGGUUAUUCUUUACUGCAGUGCGUACUGAUAUCCAAUUUAUGCUACUGAUGGAAAUGUACUUUGGUGGGUUAAUUUAUGCAAUGUACUUUGGUGGGUUAAUUUAUGCAAUGAGGAAUUGAUCUUAUAAUUAAUCUGCCUUUUUGAUGACUA